AUGAAGAAAGUGGUUAAGUUCAUGAGCUGGGUGGGCUUCAGGAAUCUUGAGGGUCCUGAGCCUUUGUACAUCAUCGAUAAGAGUGAGCUACCAAAGCUCCACAGAGCUGCAUAUUUAGGCUACGAUGAAAAACUGCGGAAGUUGCUGUCACGUAAGAAAAAUGCCGUAGACAGCAGAGACAAGUAUGACAGGACUCCGCUACACGUAGCCUGCAUCAGCGGCUGUCCAGCAGUGGUGGCUCUCCUUACCCAGUUCCACUGUGAUCUGAAUGCUCGUGACAAGGAAAGGACGACAGCUCUCAUCAGGGCUGUCCAAUCCCUGAACAAGAGAUGUGCCGGUAUCCUGCUGGAACACGGUGCUAACCCAAAUCUUGAGGACGGCAAUCAAAACACUGCUCUCCAUUAUGCCAUCUUGGAAGAGAGCGUGUCGAUUGCAACACAGCUGCUUCGCCAUAAUGCAAAUAUCGAGGCGAUAGACAAGAGUAAUUUGACACCAUUUUUACUCGCUGUCAAGGAGAACAAAAAGGAAAUGGUCAAAUUUUUGAUAGAGAAUGGGGCAAAUGUACAUGCAGUUGACAACGUGCGAAGAUCAGCGCUCAUGCUUGCUGUAUUUCAUGACUCACCGGACAUAGUCAAGUUACUUCUUCAAGAAGGUGUUAGUCCCUAUUCUCAAGAUUCACACGGAAUGUCUGCUGAGCAAUAUGCAUAUUCUAAUGGGUUUGAACAGUAAGUGUUUACAUUAAAAUGCCAAUUAUGUCUUAACUGAGGUUGGAAAUGACCUAACUGUUACUUGUUAUGUGGCAGGUGAGAGUUCCUAGUUGGGAGCAGGCACUUUGGGGAUGGCAGUGAGACCCUCCACAUCAUCAGCUGGAAACCAGCAAAAGGCUAGACUAGUGAGAUGGAGCAGUGGGCACAGGGUUCUUUAGCUCAGGCUUUGUAAGACCUUCAUCCUUAGGGAUCCUACUGUUCUCCAUUUCAUUCCAGUGUAACCCCUGUGCAUGGGGGCACAAAUAAUAUCACAUAUCUAAUUUUUCUAACUAAUUAUUUGGGUCUUGAAAUGUUUAGUUGAGCAGAAAAUCCUGUGUUUUCCUCUGGGGACUUUCUUCUAUAAUCUUCCUUUUGAAUUUUCCAGGAACCU